UGAUACUGUAAUUCGCAAAAGUGCUAAACUUUAAGACCGUAAUUCGUAAAUUAUUUUUAUUUUAAAUACAAGAGUAUAAUUAUUUUUUAAUAAAAAGAAAAGAUAAAAAAAGUUUACUCUUGAAGUAAAUGGCACGAUAAGUGUUUUCGUCUUUAAGUCUAAAGUUAGGGGCGUAUUCGUUAUUACUGACGGCUAACAAAAGAACACCUUAAAUAAUCUGUGCUUAUCACCUAGUAUUUGUGCAAAUCUAAAAGAAAAUUGAGGAAAUAAAAAUUGGAAUUUGAAGGAAGUAAAAAUAUCCACAGUAACAGUAAAUUUAUUUUCCUAAUUGAAUACGAUGGCCCCGGCGGCGGCCCUGGGUGCGGACUGCCGAGGACUCAUAAUUUAUAGUAGUUUCUACUUUCUACUUCAGUCUUCAGUAGAACACCGAGUAGUCUGCAUAUAAUCUCCCUUCUCUCCCAGGCGCAUCGGUUGAACCACGCUGUUUCCUUCCCUGCAACGAGGAGGUUAACUACCAAUAAUAAACGUUAACAUCAUGUCUAGUCGUAAGGAAACAGUUUUAGAUCUUGCCAAGUUUGUGGACAAGGGGGUCCAAGUCAAGCUGACUGGUGGAAGACAAGUGACCGGCACACUAAAGGGAUAUGAUCAGUUGUUGAACCUUGUGCUAGAUGAAGCCACAGAAUGUCUGAGAGAUGCUGAUGAUCCAUUGAAGACCACUGAUCAGACAAGGCGCCUUGGUUUGAUUGUAUGUAGAGGAACAGCAGUGAUGCUUGUUUCCCCAACCGAUGGCACGGACGAGAUAGCAAACCCUUUCAUUCAGCCAGACGGUGCUUAGAGUGGGGCGAGAAAACCCUUUAUAGAAGGUCAGUCUUGUUUUAAUACUAAUGCAACUUUUAGAUAGGCUGGUUUGGCUAUUUGCCCGCCUUGUACUGCAUUUGUUUGUCUUUUUGUUGGCAAAUGAAAGAAUUUUUUAUUUGCCAAAAAAAAUUUGGUUGGAGUUCUAUUUUCUAUGUCAAUUAUUUUACCCACUAUUUUCUACAUAUAAUUAGUUUCUGUUUUACCCACUUUUAGAAUAUGCAACUUUAUAGGAAUGUCAUUUGUGUGAAAUAAACCUUCAAUUAAAAAAUCAAAAUUGUAUUGUACUCUGAUAUUUUGUAUUUGAAUAGUAACAAAAAGUUGUAUAAUAAUCUAACCUUUCACCCAUAAUCUCACAUUUGAAUUGUUUUUUAAUAAUUAAACUUUUGUCCUUAGAUUGCUAUCAGCAUAAACAUUUAUUUUAUAAUAAUUCAACUUUUGUCGUUACUUUGCUAUCAACAUACCCUAUUAGUAUACUGACAACAAAUUAAGAGCAAAAAGUUGGAUGGAUAGAAAAUAUUAAUUUAAAGUUGGAUUUUAUUAAAAAAAAUUUAAAGUUGGAUGAGUAAAAAGUUGAAUUAUUAAUAUUAAUUUUUCCUAAUAUUAAUAAUGAAAAAAAAUUAACAACUUUUUCACAAGCUAAUCAUGGGAUAAAAUAUCUAGUUCUUUUUAUUUGUCUAUGUUUCUAGACAACUAAACAUUGAUGGAUAGAAACAUGCAUGCAAGAGAGGAAUUUAUUCAAUUUUAGGUGGAGUUCGUUUGGGUUAUUGGUCUGAUAGUGAAUCAUUGGUCUAAUCAGGUUAUUUCGUGAAUCGUGACAUUAUGUGUACAGUUUUGUUUAUACUCAGAUCUUUUUAGGUUGGGUUGGGUUGGUUCCAAAUCCAAUUAAUUUUAAGGUCAUCUCUAAUAAAAGUUGAAAAAAAGUUAAUAGAAGUAGUGGAAACCAACUACCCUAACUGCUUGACAGGUAAGGCCGGCUAAAUGAUAGGAAUGAAGACAAGACAGCACAUUAUUCUAAAAUUUUGUAUACUCUUGAUUCUCCGGCCAGCCCGAUUCCAGCAAAAAUAGACGAUUUCCCAUCUCUUUCCCGUCUGAAUCAAAAUUCUUGCGCUUUUCUUGAUUCCCAUCCCUUUUUAUUUAUUUUGUUGUGCCAAUUAAUCUUCAGUUAACUUAAUUUUACAUCAUUUUAUGAAAAAAUUUUCACAUCAUAAUAUGAUAUCUUAUGAAUGAGACUUAAAACUUAAAAGUAGCUUGCAAAGAACAACCCAACAUGGGACCCAUACACUCCAAUUGCUCACAUAUGAC